UUCCUCCUCAGAUCGCUGGCUCCUGCCUUCACCACACUGUCGCCUUCAGUGCGAGUUGAGAAGUCAGACCUAAACAGAGCUAACGGUGUGCUAAAGCCCAGCGCAACAAUAUGUGUCUUCCUUUUUUCUCCCGUGUGAGGACGAAUACCUUAUGAUUUUUUACUUUUUCCACCGCGCAACCAUCGGGCAGAGAAUGUUGGCGUCAUGCAGACUCGGCUUUUUAGAGUUUGGAAAACAAAUCGGGUACUGCUGGUGAUUUUUUGGGGGAGAUGGCACAGUAGUUCGACCUGCACCUCUUGCUGAAUCUUCGUAAAGCACUUUCAAGACUAUUUCACGAGGUCCACAAUGAAGUCCUGGGCCACGUUCUCUUUGCUUUUGAUCAGCCUGAUAGUGCCGUGCUGCUGCAGCUCGGAAGGAGGUGUCGUGAGCAACUUUGAAUGCGAGUGUGACGCAUCGACGUGCGGCGAGGACAGCCGGUGUUUUGGACAAAAGUGUUUCACCUCGCUGUCCGUGCAGAAUGGGACGGCAGUGACGGAGAAGGGGUGCAUUGUGGGUAGCGAAGACGAUGCCUGUUCACGCCCACCGACUUCUGAGCUGGUGGUGGAGUGCUGCGAAGGGGACUUGUGCAACACCAAUGUCUCCUUGCAGUUUCCAGUGAAAGAUGUGGAAGUGUCCUCUGGCAGGCCCGUCCUCCGGGAGCAGCAGUGCGUGUGCGAGGGCGCCCCCUGCAGGGACCACCAGCACUGCACGGGCCAGCAUUGCUUCUCCUCGCUCAUUAUAAAGGACGGAGUGGCCACGCAGCAUAAGGGCUGCCUGAGGGACGACCAGGAGGGCAGAGACACCUGUGCCACUGCCCCCUCCCCCACCUACGUCGUCAAGUGCUGCCAGGGCCAUCUGUGUAACAUGAACGUGAGCGUGCAGGCUCCGGGGAAAGAGGAGGUGGUGAAGCCGGUGGUCCGAGAGGAGCAUGAGUGCGUGUGUGAAGGCAGCUCAUGUGAGACGCUAAAUCGCUGCAGGGGGCACCAGUGUUUCUCCUCUCUGACUGUAAACACCGGCUCCCUGGUUUACCAAAAGGGCUGCUUCAAAGUCUACGAGCAGAGCACUCUCACCUGUAAGACUCCGCCCUCCAGGGACCAGGUGGUGGAGUGUUGCUAUGGCCAUCUCUGCAACAUGAACAGCACCGUGCAACUGCCGGUCAAAGCGGAGGAGCUCUCCCACUACAGCGUGACCACUCUGGCUAUUGUGAUCGUGGCGCCCAUUAUAGUCCUGAUCCUCCUCUCCGCCAUCGCCAUCCUGGUGUUCCGACGAAUCCACCACAACCAGAUGGAGCGCCUAACCUCCAGAGACGCCGAAUAUGGAACCAUCGACGGGCUCAUCGCUUCCAACGUGGGGGAGAGCACGCUGGCAGAUCUGUUGGACCAUUCGUGCACCUCGGGGAGCGGCUCAGGACUGCCCUUCUUGGUCCAGAGAACAGUGGCUCGACAAAUCACGCUGAAUGAAUGUGUGGGAAAGGGUCGCUAUGGUGAAGUGUGGAGAGGCCAGUGGCAAGGCGAGAACGUGGCCGUCAAAAUCUUCUCCUCCAGAGACGAGAAGUCCUGGUUUAGAGAAACGGAGAUCUACAACACUGUUCUGCUUCGGCAUGAGAAUAUUCUCGGCUUCAUUGCUUCAGACAUGACCUCUCGUAACUCCAGUACUCAGCUCUGGCUCAUCACGCACUAUCACGAGAUGGGCUCCCUGUACGACUACCUGCAGCUCAGCACGCUCGACGCCCUCAGCUGCCUCCGGAUGGCGCUGUCCAUCGCCAGCGGCCUCGCACAUCUCCACGUGGAGAUCUUCGGCACUCAAGGCAAACCGGCCAUCGCCCACAGAGACUUGAAGAGCAAAAAUAUACUGGUGAAAAAGAACGGCCAGUGCUGUAUCGCUGAUCUAGGUCUGGCGGUCAUGCAUUUCCAAGACACCAAUGAGCUGGAUGUGGGCAACAACCCCAAAGUGGGCACCAAGCGCUACAUGGCCCCCGAAGUGCUGGACGACUCGAUCCAGAUGGACUGUUUCGAGUCCUUCAAGAGAGUGGACAUCUGGGCUCUGGGGCUGGUCCUGUGGGAGAUCGCCAGGAGGACCGUCAGUAAUGGCAUAGUAGAGGACUACAAGCCGCCUUUUCACGACGUGGUUCCCAGUGACCCGAGCUUCGAGGACAUGAAGAAAGUGGUGUGUGUGGACCAGCAGAGGCCCAACAUCCCAAACCGCUGGUUCUCUGACCCGACAUUAAGCUCCUUGGCCAAACUCAUGAAGGAGUGCUGGUACCAGAACCCCUCGGCGCGGUUAACAGCAUUACGGAUCAAAAAGACACUCACAAAGAUUGACAGCUCUUUGGACAAAAUCAAAACAGACAUUUGACUGCUCCACGCUCACAGCGGUGCAGACUAUGGCCUUUGAAGACCCCCCAGAGAGCGCAGAAUCUCACUAAACAAAGGACUUGGGUUGAGUGCCCUUAUAGCGGCACGGACCAGUAUUUAUUUUAAAAACACUUGGUGGGAAACAUUUGGCAUCCAAAGAUGGCGUACGUGGGCAUUUCUGAGACGACAGAGUGUCUUCUUAGGAAAAAAGGAAAAGUGUAAACAGAACAUAGGAGCUGGACCAUUAGGAAAGAGCUGUUACCUGGGCAUUUGCUUUUGUUAGUACUGCCGAUUUAGUUCAGUAUGUUUUAAGUUGUACACCAUUUGAACAUAACUGUAUUUUGCAAGCUGUUUCUUUUGAUUAUAAUGUUCAUUUGCGUUAGAAAAGGAAAGCCUGCCAACUCAUUGUGAGCACACUCCACAAGAAGAAGUACUAUGUUUUACUGGGAUAUAUCUUUGUAUCUCUGUUUACAACGCUGUUACAAGUUCAUAGGAUUUCACAGUAACGUUUAGUUGUAAAAGCGACUAAGGCACUAUUUUCCUCAAAAGCUUUCGUAAUCUCUCCAUGCAUCGGACUUGAGUUAUACUUGUUUUAUGUUUUGUUUCUUCAGCUUUACAAUCCAUGCUAAAAGAACAAAUAAAAUAUCUGCUAAGUAAGUAACUUUUCGCUCCAAGGCCUCUUGCGUAAGCCUGUAUACACUGUCUUAACGCGUGCAUUGUUGUCUUAAUGCGUGCACUGUCAGAAAAUGGAACUUCAGCCUUUUUUUUUUAUUUCUUUAACAUUUUAUAUCAAAUAGUGGUUUCUAUCAAUUAAAUAGAAAAUGUGUUUUAUUUGUCUCACUUGUCUGGAUCUAAUUAUUGUUUUUGGAGAUUUAUAACGUUGAAAUGCUUCUAGUCGAAUCCUGAUAGUGAUGAAGACUUUAACUGGACUUCAGAAUUAAACGGCUCUGCUCAGACUAA